GGCCGCCGCUGCGCGGCCGGACCGACCGCGCCGCAAGUAGUAAUGUCCGCGCCCGCGCCCCACGCCCACGGGCGCACCCCCGUGCGGCGCAGGGGGCAUCAACACCACCCGCGACUGAGGGGCGAACGCGUUCCCGCCCCCAGCACCACACCAAACACUGAUCCGUCCAAACAAGUGACCUCAGACAAUCGAACAAACGAUGUUGUGCCUUGUGUCAAUAGUGUUAGUGAAUCUCGAGAAGUGACAAGGACGAAUAGUGACGAUGCACUUUCGAAUCGAAAUACAGAGGACUAUGUAAAUAUCGAUGAUGAAAUUGAUUUUGAUGAUAUUAGAAUAACGGGAACGGAAUCACGCGGAAGUUCAGAUGAUGAUUUCUCGUUUAGAGAAGAACGGUCCGCUGGAGAUGGAGCCGAGGCAGCUCCAGUGGCUUCUGAUAUUUCCGAUGAAGAUCCCGAAACAGUAGAGCUUGCAAAGUUACGAUGCACUAGUGAGUGUACAGAGGUUUUAGCUGAAAGAGAAAGCAGAAGGAGGAGAAGAUGUGCAGAUUAUCCUGGCCUGGCGUUUGGCAGUUCAAUUUUCUCUUCGGAUACAAUGAUGAAAUUUUCUAUAAUUAAGAAUGAGUUGCAGAAUAUCAAGAACACUGCAUUAAAAAGGGCGGAAUCCGAAGUGGCUGCACUCAACCGACGUAUCCAACUGCUGGAGGAGGAUUUGGAGAGGUCCGAGGAGCGUCUUGCCACCGCCACAGCCAAAUUGGCUGAGGCUAGCCAAGCUGCUGAUGAGUCUGAACGUGCCCGAAAGGUCCUCGAGAACAGGUCGUUGGCCGAUGAGGAGCGUAUGGACGCCCUGGAGAAUCAGCUGAAGGAGGCCAGGUUCCUCGCUGAAGAAGCCGACAAGAAAUACGAUGAGGUGGCUCGUAAGCUGGCCAUGGUCGAGGCUGACUUGGAGCGCGCGGAGGAGCGUGCCGAAUCCGGUGAAUCCAAAAUCGUCGAGCUUGAGGAAGAGCUCCGCGUCGUUGGCAACAACUUGAAGUCCCUUGAGGUCUCGGAGGAGAAGGCCAACCAACGUGAGGAGGAGUACAAAAAUCAGAUCAAAACCCUCACCACUCGCCUAAAGGAGGCUGAGGCGCGCGCCGAGUUCGCCGAGCGUUCGGUGCAGAAACUGCAGAAGGAGGUCGACAGGCUUGAAGACGACCUGGUAGCCGAGCGCGAAAAGAGCAAAAUCCUUCAAGAGGAGAUGGAGGCCACGCUCCACGACAUCCAGAACAUGUGAACACCUCACUCCCCCUCCGCCCCACUCACACGCCCGACCCCCUUGCUACACUACGUCCUUAUCACACUAAACAAUAUUGAGCCAUCGAAAUAAUACCGUUUAGUACCAAAUGUAUUGACAUAAAAGCUAAAUGUUUUUGAAAUUAAUUUAUUUAUUAAUACUGACGAUCGUCUAGCGAGGAGGGCGGGCGACUAGAUGUUAUUAGAUAUAGUGUAAUUGCCAGCCGCUUUUUUUAUAAUGUAACGACAACUACGGUUCGCCACAACACUGCCAUGUGCAAUUUUUUUAUUUGAUACACAAAUUACUAAUAUUUUCCCGAUUAAAUGUUGAAGGUGUAUUUUGUUUUUAGUCAUUAUAUUACGAGCGUGUCUGUUAAUGAACGAUUUUUGCAAUGUAUGCCGCUGAAGUAAUGCUUCUUUGGCGCUUUCUAUAUUUAUAGUUACGACAAAACGUCGACAUUCCAAAAUGGGGACCAAAAUUACCAUUUAUUUACAAUUGCACAUUAUUUGUAUAUUACGUGUUUAGAAAAAUGAUUCUCUAAUUUUUCAUUCUCUCUAUUCACUUAUUUUUUAUGGGAUAAAUACAUUAUUCACAAAACGAUUUGCAAUUUGCACUAUUUACACAUUCUACCUUAUGAACUCUUUAUUUACUUAAUAUUAAAAAGAGAUUAGAUAUUUUUAUUUAAUGAGUGAUGGUAACACGUAAAUAUGAUAUUUAAUUUUGUAAGUAUAAUGUACUUUGCUAUGAAGUAUUCGAUAUUCUAUUUGUUUCGAGUAUGUUUUCUUGUGUCAUAAAGAGUUUGUUGUUAUUUAUUUAAAUUAAUCGAUGAAUAAGCGUCCAUUUUAUUUCAAUAUUGAAUGCAAAUUACUUUAAUGCAGUUUCAUUAAACAAGCUGGCAAUUUUAUGUCGAGUACAUUGCUGCGAAACGCGUUGGAUUAUCGAGAACAAUCCGUAUUUUUAAUGUUAUCGAUUAAUGAAUGAAUUGAUAGAUUAGGUCGUGAAAAAUAAAUUAAUGAUUUUUAAGAGUAUUUUAACACAAGUGUUUAUAAAUAUAUAUUAUUAUUUUUA